GAUAAAAAUUUAUGAGAUAGUUAAUAUUUAUAUAAAUUCAAUUCGAAUCAGAGGUUAUCGGAAACUAGUUGCGAUAGUCAUUUAUUGAGUGAUACACAGUCUUCAACAAUGGUAUUGUUUUUAAUAAUUCUAUUUUUCACACCUACAAUCAUAGCUUACCAACACUGUCAAACACCUAACCAGCAACCAGGCAAAUGUGUCAUAAUAAAUCAAUGCCCACACUUAUUUUCUGCAGUUUUACAAAACGCAACAAAUGAAGAACCAAGAAAGCUUAUCCAAAAGUCUUACUGUGGUCUUGAGUCUCUUUUAUUUCCUAAAGUUUGCUGUCCUUUAGAAGCAAUUGAAUUUCUAGAACAAAGUGGAGCAAUUUCUCACAAUAAAUAUUCAUCUAAAUGUGGGUUGCAUAUGCCAGAUGGACCAUCAGACCCAUGGCUUGCUUUAUUAGAAUAUGAAAAAAGUGGUGGGGAACGUGAAUUUUUAUGUGGAGGUGUAUUGAUUAAUAAGAGAUAUGUUUUGACAACCGCCCAGUGUGUCACUCAAAAUGCCAAACUAGGGAACGUACAUUUAGGUGAUUAUAAAAAUACGGGGUUGGAAUUAGUUAUUCCGGUGGAUGGUGUCACUGUGCAUCCAGAUUACAAACUCAACGACCCACAUCAAUAUCAUGACAUUGCUUUAGUCCGAUUGAAACAAAAAGUUAACUUUAAAGAUGCAAAUGUUAGGCCAAUUUGUGUACCAAUGGAUAGUAGAAAAGUUUUUAUAGGAAAACCUUUACAGUUAGCUGGUUGGAGCAAAGUCGGUAACUUUUUAAAAAAGCGCGAUGGUAUUGCGACAGUUUGGAAUAAUUCUGAGUGUGCUUUGAUAUACAACACAACACAGAUUAAUUUAAGAAAUUCUCAGAUGUGUGCCGGCGGUAAAAAAUUGUUCUAUAGAGAUCAACAAAACAUAGAUAUGGGAGAAAUUGUAAUGCACGUUGCUAAAGAUGCUUCUUAUUAUGUUGAAGGAAUUCGUUCCAUUGCACCCACCUGUUGUGGAAAACAGGAUUAUCCUAAAGUUUACACAAGAGUAGCUAGUUACUUUACUUGGAUUAUGGACAAUUUAAAACCGUAAAUUUAGUAUUUUUAGGUAUUCAGUUUAUAGUACUAAGAAAAUAAUAGAGUUUUUGCAAACCGUAAAAAAGUUUAACGUAUUACGACAAAUGGCCGUUGCUAAGAAAUCAGAAAAUAAGACGUUUACGUAAACGUCUUUGAAUUAACGGAAUACACCUUUCGCCCUUGAAAGACGUACAUACACACGACAGUUAAAUGACGUUGUCGUUAAGGUUAACGUUAAACUAAACGAUUUGCAAAAACUCUCUAAUCACAUGCUAUUUUGUAAUUAUAUUUGCGAUUGGUAAAUAAAGAUAUGGCCAGAUUUGGAGCAAUUUUAAA